UCUAUUUAAACCACACCAAUUUGAAACCAACCCGCCAAAUCUCGCCAACAUGUCCGGCGGAGCCGAAGAGCAAAUUUCCCUUUUUCGCUCCCGCGUCGAGCUCAGAAGAUUCGACGACGGAACUCUACGAAUUCUCGAAUCGAUUUUGGUUUCGAAAGAUGUGAAAUCGUUGCUUGAAGUUCGAUCGAGCUUGAGAGAGUUCACGAGACGCGAAUCUCUCUGUAUCAUUCGUGAAAUCGCAGAUAAAUCCGUUGAGCAUAAGCUUUUCAUACUUGAAUUUUUGGUUCGGGCAUUUGCCCUUGUUGGCGAUAUCGAGAGUUGCGUGGCUUUUAGAUAUGAAGCAUUGUUUCUGCGGCAACUGAGGUCUACCAGUAACCAAUGGCUACAAGUUUCAUACAGAGAAUGGAUGACCUUUGCUGAGCAUUCAUUAAAUAACGGGUUCUACUCCAUUGCUAGAAUGGCAUGUGAAAGUGCACUUGCAUGCUUUGAAAUUAAUGGUAUGGUUGACCCUCAGACAGAUGAUUUCUUCAAAAAUGUUGAAGUUAUUGGCAAAAUUAAGAGACUCAAGGAUGUUGCUGUGGUGUCAUCUGCUUCACAGUCUGUUCAGGCGCAGACAGCAGAGUACUUGAAAAAGAAAGCAGUGGAGACUAGAAAGCCACAUUUUUUGGAUUAUAAAGAAGCACAAAGUUCAGCAAGCACUCUGUUUAGAGAUGGAAUUAAGAAACGUAAUGUACGAAAGCUGCGAGAUCACCAGAGUAUGAAUCAGAUUAUUAGUGAACCAGAUUCCAAUCUAUCAUGAGAUACGGUAAUGGGGAAGACUUGCAUAUUGGAUUGAAGGUCUCUCUGAUGCUGAGCAUUGGAAAUCCAAGGCCACACUCUGUUCGAGCCGGUAAGUGUUGUCUCUUCAAACCCACCCUACCAGAGAGAGCUUUUGUCAUCGUCAAAGAAUGCUUCUAAUAAUCUCUCUCUCUCUCUCCACACACACAUACACAUACACGAUGUUUUAGAAUUUGAAAAAACCAUGCACAUCUCAAGAAUCGAAUCUUCCAUAUCACCAAGUGCAUUCAAUGCUUGCAUUGGAGGUAGCAUGUUUUAUUUUCUCCAAGACGGUGAAAGAUGUCUGUUUUUUCUUAUACUUUAUUCAUUAUUAAACUUGUAAAAACACACACAAACAAAAUUUACAAGGUUCUCAUCCUGUCUACUACACCGUCUCUCUUCUUCCUAGAGUAGAGCGUAGGGGUUUGAAACUUAAAACUGAAUGUACGCGUUUUGUGAGGUAAUGCACUUCCGCAAAUUCAAUAUUGGAGGUGUCCCAUUUACAAAACCGCCCUUCAGACUUUAUGAAAAUACCAAAAACAUAAAUAAAAAAUCCCUGUAAAUUUGAAAAUUAUUAUAAAAUAAAAUAAAAUAGAGAUUUAAAGUCAAAUUAAAAUAGCUAGAUGUUAGCCAUGCCAAAUUUCAAAAAUACUUUUGAGUGAUGAAAUACAACUUAACAAAAAAUUUUGUACAAAAAUCCAUACAAAAUGAGGUGACAUAAUAACUGUGUCCAUUCAUUUCAAAUCAAAAGGUCCAUUGUAGUGAAAUCAUCUUGUAAUACUUUUUCAUAAGGCUAAA